AUGUCAACAAAAAAAAGCCAGAAGCUUCGCCGUGAGCUCAAGGUUUGGUCAAGACUUACACGAUACAUCGUCCCACUGUACGGCACUGCAUCAGGCUUUGGCCAAAUCGUUGCCCCGGUUUACUCCUGGUAUGACAAUGGAUCGCUUUCAGGUUCUCUGGAAUCCCAUGGUCAAACCGUGUCCAUAAUCAAUUGUUUCCAACUGGAUCUGUCCGAAAGCGUACUCAUGGCUUCGCAGCUCAGUGAUAUUUCUGCGGGUUUUCAACACCUUCACUCGUGCUCCGCUGUUCAGGGCGAUCUUACUGGGGUGGAGUUUGUGGGCACGUCUUAUUUCACGUCUGCCCUGGAUGGUACUGUGCGGUUUGCCCAAGAUUACGUUCCUUCAACACUGAAUCUCACCCUUGCGCCAGGUAUUGACACCCUACUCCGAGUUGAAGCAAGCGCACAAGCUGUGGUCGCAAUUUCUCUCGGGACGGAACUGUCGCAUCCGCGAUCAUUGGUCGCCAUUGGAGUGUUAUUCUAA